AUGGACACUGGUAUCAUUGGCCCUGUCACCGUCAUGGAUAGCUUCGUGUCGAAGUUUGGGAGUCAAUCUGCAACCGUCCACGGACUAAUAGUCUCCUCCAUUCUCAUUCCAGCAGCUUUAUCGUCCUUCUUCGCAGGCUACUUGGCAGAUAAGCUGGGGAGACCGACAGGAAUCAGCAUCGGGGCUUUGAUCUUUGGUAUCGGCGCUGCUAUCGAAGGUGCGGCGGCCCAACUUGCCAUGUUCAUUGUCGGGAGGUGCAUUGAGGGUAUAGGCGAGGGUCUGUACCUGGGUACGCUGGUGGUGUACAUCUGCGAGAUCUCUCCAACGAGCGUCAGAGGCGCAUUAGCCACCGGUCCGCAAUUGCUCAUCACGCUCGGCCUAGUGAUCGGCUUCUUCACCUGCUACGGAACCGCGCGUCUCGAGUCUUCCUUCUCAUGGCGUACACCCUACCUCAUCCUCGCCUGUCUCUCCGUCCUCUUCUCAGCCGCCUCGUUCCUCUUCCUCGUCCCGUCUCCCCGCUGGCUGACCCUCCAUGGCCGCCACGAGGAAGCCGCAAGAACAUGGGACCUCCUCGGCGUCGGCCAAGCCGAGCGCGAGAAGGUGGAAGUCGAACAGACCCGACAAGCCAGGUCCCAAAUCCAGGUCCUCCCCGCCGCCAGCCACAAGCUCCUCGACAUCUUCUCCAAGGACGUCCGCGCCCGCACCGCCCUUGCCGUCUUCCUCAUGGGCUUCCAGCAGCUCUCCGGCAUCGACGGCGUCCUCUACUACGCCCCGCUCCUCUUCGAACAAGCCGGCCUCGCCUCCUCCACCGCCACCUUCUUCGCCUCGGGCGUCUCCGCCCUCGUAAUCUUCGCCGUGACCAUCCCGGGCCUCCUCUGGGCCGACCGCUGGGGCCGCAGACACAGCAUCAUCCUCGGCGGCAUCGGCCUCAGCACAACCAUGUUCCUCAUCGGCGCCCUCUACGCCGCCGACGCCGUCCACCCAUCCUCCGGCCCCGGCCGCUGGCUCGUCAUCGUCGCCAUCUACCUCUUCGCCGUCAUCUUCUCCCUCACCUGGGCCAUCGGCAUCAAAGUCUACUCCGCGGAGAUCCAGCCCCAGCGAACCCGCGCCUCGGCCACCGGUCUCGCGCACGGCAGUAACUGGGUCACGAAUUUCCUGGUCGCGCUGACGACACCCAUCCUCCUGUCCAAGAGUAGUUUUGGUGCCUACUUCCUCUUCGGGGGUACCAAGGGGAAGUCGCUCGAUGAGAUCGAGGAGGCGUUCAAGUCCAAGUCGCUGGGCUCGCAUUUUGCAAAGGCCAUCAAGCCUAUUACCCGGUCAUCGGAUUGA